CUGUGACUUGCUCCGGGGCAGGGGCCGGCCCUUGUGGUUAAAAUCUGGCUGUGAGUGGAGAAAGGGCCACUGAGGUGGACGAAGUCUCUUUCUCUCUCUCAUACCCCACCACCGUAAUAAUAAAAAUAAUAUUAAUACCCCACCACAGAAACUGUCCCUUCUCCAAACUCCCGCGCCCCAUGCAAAUCCCCAUCCUCUUCUAACUCCUCUUCUCCGUCUCUCCUCGCCUCCUUCCUUCACCUCCGAAACCCUAACCCCCACCUUCUAGAUUUUUUUUUUCCCCCUUUCUUUCCGUUGGAUUCUUGGGGUGGAGCGAUGGCGGUCCCUACGACGGCCACGGUUCCGGCGCUCUACGUCGGGGACCUCCACGCGGACGUGAUGGACACCGACCUUUUUGAUCACUUCUCCCCCGUCGGGGCCCUGACGUCCGUCCGAGUCUGCCGCGAUUCCGCCACCGGGCGCUCCCUUGGCUACGGCUACGUCAACUACAUUUCCCCCCAGGAUGCCGAGCACGCUCUGAAGACAUUGAAUCACACUCCUUUGAACGGUAAAUUGAUAAGAAUUAUGUGGUCCCAACGGGAUCCUGAUGCAAGGAACAGUGGAGUUGGAAAUCUAUUUGUGAAGAACCUAAGUGACUCCAUUGAUAAUGCAAAGCUUUAUAAGGUUUUCGAGAAAUUUGGGACCAUUUUGUCAUGUAAAGUUGCUGCAGAUCAUGAUGGGAAAAGCAAAGGGUAUGGGUUUGUUCAGUUUGAUGAACAAGGGUCGGCAGAUUCUGCCAUUGAGAAACUCAAUGGAUCCACCGUUGAAGGCAAGCAAAUAUAUGUUGGGAAUUUCAUCAAAAAGAGUGAACGUGUGGUGCUGAGCCCUGAAGCUAAAUAUACUAACUUAUACAUGAAGAACCUGGAUCAGGACAUUACAGAAGAACUUAUUGAACUGAAGUUCUCUGAGUUUGGUAAAAUAUCUAAUGUGAUGAUUGCAAAAGAUGAUAAUGGUAACUCGAAGGGUUUUGGGUUUGUGAACUUUGAAAGCCCUGAUAGUGCGAAAAGGGCGAUGGAAGCUAUGAAUGGGGUUCAACUUGGAUCCAAGACCCUGUAUGUGGCAAGGGCUCAGAAGAAAGCAGAGCGACAGCAAAUUUUGCGGCGUUUGUAUGAAGAAAAGCGUAACGAGCAGAUCAGGAAAAACGCCUCAAAUGUCUAUGUCAAAAACAUUGAUGAUGCCGUUGAUGAUAAUGCUCUGCGGGAACGUUUCAGCCAAUGUGGCAACGUCACUUCUGCAAAAAUUAUGCGUGAUGAUAAAGGAAUAAGUAGAGGAUUUGGGUUUGUGUGCUUUAGCAGUCCAGAGGAAGCCAACAACGCUGUUAACACUCUGCAUGGAUAUAUGUUCUAUGGAAAGCCUCUGUAUGUUGCAAUUGCCCAAAGGAAAGAGGAAAGACAGGCUCAACUGCAGCUUCAAUAUGCUCAGCGCAUGGCAGGAUUGGCGGGAUCUCCGACUGCUGUUAUGCCUGCCGGGUAUCCCCCUCUUUACUAUGCUCCUGGUAUUGUAUCACAAAUUCCUCCAAGGCAGGGCCUUGUUUAUCAACCUUUUGGACUUAGACCUGGAUGGAGGCCUAGUGGAUUUGUUCCUCCCUCAGGGGCAGCUUUCCAACCAAUGCCAGUUCCAGUGAUGCCAAAUACUCCAAGGCAACAUAGACAAAACAGGGGUCGGAUGAAUGGAUCUAUGCUGCCUCAGUCUGGCCAGUCUGUUCCAUACCUGCCACAUAUGCAACAAGCAAACCAUUUGAAUUCUUCCAAAGAUUUUAACAGUCAGCAGCAAUCUGGGCAGACCAGGUAUGUGCCAAAUGGACACCGGCAUGAAAUGAAUAAUGGAUCAAUGGUUCCACCUGGUGCAUCGAACUUAGAAGGUACACGGAUGCUCAGCAGCCUGCUUGCUGCUGCUACCCCCCAGCAACAAAAACAGAUGCUUGGUGAACGCCUCUUCCCCUUGGUUGAAAAACUUAAGUUUGAUCUUGCUGCUAAAAUUACUGGAAUGCUGUUGGAGAUGGACAACUCUGAGUUGCUUCUGCUGCUGGAGUCACCAGAAUCAUUGGCUGCUAAAGUGGAAGAAGCGGUUGAAGUCUUGAAGCUCUCCAAAACCAACGUAGGUGGUCAAGAGUCUCUCCAACCAAGUUACUUGUCAAAUGAGGUUGCAGUCAACUGAAGGGAAUACAGAUUAUGAGAAUAUCAUUCUUUUGAACUACAGAUUAUCAUUUAUAUUCUGCUCCUUGGGCUUAUGAUUUUUAUUAGUGAGCCUUUCUCCAUUUUGCUGCUAGAGUUUGGAAGUUCACUGAUGUGCUUCGUGGGACAGUAGACGGUUGUUUUAGAAUCUCUCAUUAUCACCAUAGCUGACCAUCUAGGGGUGAAGACUUGUUUUCUUUUUUCUUUACAUGUUACUGGUUAUACAACCUUUUAUAUAUCUGGAUUGUGCACUUACAUGUUAAGUGGAACCUUAUUCUGCAUUUUUCCAAUCAAUAAUUAGCUUAUUUAUGUUUGGAUU